AUGUCUAUGUGGGAUUAUAUGCAUCUUCCUCCCUAUGAAGAUGGAGUUACAUCCUUUGGCCUCAGCGGCGAAGAAGUAGUAUUUCUAAGACAGAAGCAAAUCAUCUUGGGAAAUGAAUUUGAAGGACAGUGGAAAAUUGACCCGGCCUUUCUAAGCAUGAGCUAUUGUGAGAAACAAGAAGAAGUUCCAGAAAGCUCCAUACGAGCGAAGAAACAAUCAGUCCAAUAUUUCGUUACCAUCGUACCGGUUGAUGCGUCCACCCUUCCGCCCGUCAUACUUCCAGAGAGCACGUUAUGUAUGGCUGCUUUGCUGAAUAUUGGUUGGACGUAUGAGACAGCGGGGAUGAUCUUUGGUUCUUGGAAAGAUAACUCCAAACCUAGAAAAAUGAUGACAUGUGAUGAUCGUGAUCCCACUCUCAUCGACUAUGCAAUCUCCAUUGUUCAGAUGAGAAUGGACCAAUUGACUAUUGCGAAGCAAGCAAAAGUCAAUGCAAGAAAGGAAAUGACUAUUCUCGGACUAUCCACCAAAUUCCAGGACGAUAUGCUCGAUCAAGAUAGCGAUCUUCUCGGUGGUCAUGUCCAUACUGUGGAUCUUUAUUUUUGGAUAAUAGAUGCGCUGGGCAAGCGAUACAGAAACUUGGUAUUAAGAUUGAGAUAUCUGAAGAACUAUGCGGCAACGGGCAUGAAGGCGAUGAAUUGGUGA